AUGACGCUUCUGGCCCAGGUGUUCAGUCUAAUGGCAGUCCGCACCCGAGUGGUGAUGACCUCUGUCCUGGUUUACUUCAUCCAGCUUUCUGGAGCCAGAUGUGAGGAGAAUUGUGUCAACGCUGAACAUUGUUUGUCCACUGACUGGGUACAUCUCUGGUAUAUAUGGUUGCUGGUGGUAGUUGGUGCGUUGCUUCUCCUGUGCGGCCUGACUUCAGUAUGCUUCCGCUGCUGUCUAAGCCGUCCGGAAAAUGGGGAAGAUGGGGCCCCACCACCCUAUGAAGUGACCGUCAUUGCUUUUGACCAUGACAGCACUCUCCAGAGUACCAUCACAUCACUUCAGUCUGUGUUUGGCCCUGCAGCUCGGAGAAUACUGGCGGUGACUCAUGCACACAGCUCCCUGGGCCAGCUGCCCCCCUCCCUUGACACACUCCCAGGCUAUGAGGAAGCUCUUGGCAUGAGCCGCUUCACCGUGGCAAGGUGCGGGCCGAAAGCGCCUGACUUACCCUCAGUGCCAGAGGAAAAGCAGCUGCCUCCCCCAGGGAAGGACUCUCCCCAGCUGGAACUCCCAUCACACUGA